CCGCAGCACAUCUCUUUUGACCAUGAUUUCCCGUUCAAUAUCCUCAUGGGGCCGGCUCCCAUUGCCGGGAUCAAGUCUUCGUCUAUCUGCCCAGAUCAAUUCAAGAUGCAUGGAUUCUGGAAGACGAUUCUUCACUCGCAAUUCAGUUCUACGACAAAACAUUAAUGCUCCCUUCAAUACACCUCAAUCGCAAAAGCGCAAUGCGUCCACCAUGUAUUAUACCAUGAGUAUCAUUCUCGGUACCGUUGCUUUGGCUUAUGGCUCUGUUCCUCUGUAUAAAAUGAUCUGCCAACAAACUGGCUGGAACGGUCAACCAUCUACUACGCAUCGCGGAGGCGACAACGAUACCGCAUCCCGUGUCAAACCCGUGACAGACGCCCGUCGACUCAGAAUAACCUUCAAUGGAUCAGUGUCGGAUGUUUUACCGUGGAAAUUCACUCCGCAGCAACGCGAAGUCCGUGUGCUUCCGGGAGAAACAGCGCUUGCUUUCUUUACAGCUACGAAUAAGGGCCCCACAGAUAUCAUUGGUGUUGCGACAUACAGUGUGACCCCUGGUCAAGUCGCACCCUAUUUCAGCAAGAUUCAAUGCUUCUGCUUUGACGAGCAGAAGCUUAACGCCGGGGAAUCGGUCGAUAUGCCGGUAUUCUUCUUCAUCGACCCUGACUUCGUCACGGACCCAAACAUGAAAGGCAUUGACACUAUCACUUUGUCAUACACCUUUUUCAGCGCCUGUGACGAAGAGGCUUUCAUCAGAGGAAAGCCUCUGACGACCUGUAAUCGAUAUGUGUACGAUAUGGGUAGGAGAUUUCCCUUCCCAGCGACUUCAUCCAUACACUUUGAAGCUCAAAACCGAUCGCUCAAGAUGGCGUUGCUAGUUGAUAAACACCGACCUCGCUCGCUGGACUCUCUGACAUAUCACCCAGAGCUUUCCUCACGACUAAAGUCCCUGGCACAAAGCGGCGACUUCCCACAUCUACUGAUCUACGGACCAUCAGGCGCAGGCAAGAAAACACGCACGAUCGCAACCCUGAAGGAAUUGUACGGCCCUGGAGUGGAGAAGAUCAAGAUCGACGCCCGAGUCUUCCAGACGACGAGCAACCGGAAGCUGGAGUUCAACAUUGUCUCCUCCGUCUACCACUUGGAGAUCACACCGUCGGAUGUGGGCAACUAUGACCGCGUCGUCGUCCAGGAGCUGCUCAAGGAGAUCGCGCAGACGCAGCAGGUCGAUCUCUCGGCGAAGCAGCGGUUCAAGGUGGUGGUGAUCAACGAGGCGGACCACUUGACGCGCGAUGCGCAGGCGGCGCUCCGACGGACCAUGGAGAAAUACAGCCCCAACCUCAGACUCAUCCUCCUGGCCAACAGCACCUCGAAUAUCAUUGCGCCGAUCCGAUCCCGCACCCUGCUGGUCAGGGUCGCUGCGCCCACGGAAAAGGAUAUCUGCGCGGUGUUGCGGACGGCGGGCAAGAAGGAGGGGUGGCCAGAGGCGGAUGGGCUGAAUCAGAGGAUUGCGAGGGAGAGCGGUCGGAACCUGCGCCGCGCGCUGCUGAUGUUUGAGGCCAUUUAUGCUCAGAAUGAGAAAGUCACCGACAACACGCCAAUUCCACCUCCCGACUGGGAAGCAUUGAUUGCGCAAACUGCGGAUGAGAUCCUGGCGGAACGGUCACCGGCUCAAUUGUUGCGAGUCCGCUCACGUCUGUAUGAUCUGCUGACGCAUUGCAUACCGGCUACUACCAUCCUCAAGACCUUAACCUUCCAGCUCGUCGGCAAAGUGGACGAUGCUCUCAAGCCCGACGUAAUCAAAUGGUCGGCUUUCUACGAGCACAGAAUCACCCAGGGCAGUAAAUUGAUCUUCCAUCUCGAGGCAUUUGUUGCCAAGUUUAUGCGCAUUUAUGAAAGUUACCUCAUGGGCAUGGAGUUUUAAAAGGGACUAGAGUAACAAACAAUGGACGAGUAAUGAAUUAGUUGUACUAUAACGGGUCGUUAUUUCCAUAAAUCAGGCGUUCUGUGAUAGAGUAAAUGACC